GGUCGGCCGUCCUUGCCUUCCAUCUCGCUGUCCAUCCGUCCUUCCUGCCCGGGCUGCCCAAAGGACCUCCUCCUCUGCCGACAUUGUCGAUCCCGGCCCGUGCAGUUGCCCUCGAAGCCCUCUCGAAGCCUUCUCGAAGCUAUUCCCCCGCUCCCCCGCUCCCUCCUCGUCUUUCUCCGUCGCCUCGUCCUCCGGUUGCCCACUCCUCCCAGCCAUGGCCACGCCGACCAAGCUCGCCCGGAAUCCGGCCUUCCAGUUCUUCAGCAACCUCAGCACCGACAACGCAGCGGCACCCGUUCCCUCCCCAAAGUCGGCAAAGUCAUCGUCCAGCCUCCAGACCACCUCCGACUCCAAGUCCGAGGCCACCUCGCCUGUGCACAAGCGGGACAUCAGUGUCUCCUCCAAGCCAAAAUCCACCCGGACCGUUACUCCCGAUAUUGUCAGUCCCACCCAGCCCAGUCCCCCUCCCAGUCUCAGUGGCGACUCGACUGCGUCCAAGCCGGACGAGCCCGUCGAGGGAUCGCUGCCUACCCCCGCCAGCUGCUCUCCGGUGCCUUCCAGUCCAGUGUCAUCGGCCCAGCUUCAAGAUCCGGCUCCUGCCAUCACUAUCACUGCGGAUCACCAAGACUCUGGCGAUUUGGAUGUGAGCGAAACCCUGAAUCAGCCUAGCCAGCCCAGCCAGCCCAGCCAGCCCAGUCAACUCAGCCAGCCCAACGAGUCCAGCGAGCCCAACGAGUCCAGCGAGCCCAAUCCGCCCAGUCCACCCAGCGUGCCCGCCGUUGAGCCAACUCCCGCUCCCGCCGUUGAUGCAUCCGCUGGCUCCUCUGCCGAGAUCGAGGUGCUGCGGAAGCGGUGUGAGGAGCUCGAGCUCGAGCUUGCUCAGCAACAGCGCAGCAACGUCCACUCCGAGCUCGAGGCCGAGCACCAGAAGCAAAUUGAAUCGCUGAGGGAAGAGUAUGAGUUCAAGCUCAAGGACAGCGAGGCCCGUGUCCGUGCUCGCGACGGUUAUCUCCAGAGCACCAUCCUCGACACCGCCAAGCGCAUUCAGGACCUCGAGCAAAAGGUGGUCGAGCUGAACAUGCUGAACGAAGAGCUGACCCAGCAGCUGCAGCUCGAGAAACGAAGCCGCAUCACGCUCGAGAACCAGCUCGAGGAGCUCGAGCACGACAACACCUCGUUGCAGAACCAGAUCCUCGACGCCGAGGCCGAUGACAUUGUGAUCCUGCGCGACAUUGAGUCCCAGACCGACAUCGACAUGACCAUGCCGCUGUUUGCCGUGCCCGAGAUCCAGCCCGUCGCCGAUCGCGAGAUCAGCGUCAAUGCCAACGGCUCCGAUGCCUCGGUCCAGACCUACGAGCCCGAGCAGCCCGAGCAGGUUGUCCUCGCCAUCUCGUCGCGCCUGACCUACGCCACCCUCACCAUCGACACCCAGAAGGAGACCAUCGGCAUUCUCGAAGACAAGCUGAACCACGCCACCGAGGCGCACGAAACGCUCCAGAAGGAGAACUGGGACCUGAAGCUCGCCGCGGAGCAGGCCAAGACCUCGCUCUCGGCCCGCGACAAGAUGCUCGACCAGCUGCUCAAGCGCAUCGACCGCUACGAGUCCGAGGCCAACACCAAGCGCAUCCUCGACACCGUCGCUCAGCGCUCGUCCUCGAUUCUGCCGUCGCCGGCGGUCUCGCCCUACGUCGAGGAGGCCACGCGACUUUCCAACUCCUACGCCGCCCGCCCCAACACCCCGAACACGGGCAUCCUCAAGAGCCUCGACGACAUGCUCCUCAACGAGUUUGCCAUGGAGGUCACCGAGUUCGAGUACCAGGACUCGAUCGACCCCGCGGCCUCCUAUGAGUUCCCGCCGCGACAGGCCUCGUCGGCUGCCAGACCGCUGGCCUUUGAUGCCCGCACAACCGCCCCGCAGCGCACCCCCGCCUCGCUCGGCUCCGUCGCCGUGUACGAUUCGCUUGGCCGACGGACCUUUACCGCCAGCCCCCUGCAGCAGCAGCCCGUCUACGAGGCCUUUGGCACCAUGUCGCCGAUGCCGCCCUCGGGUGACUUUGGCUCCAUCCAGCAGGCCCGACCCCGCCGGUCGCGCAGCGCCAGCUACCAAACGGACCCGAUCUCGCCCUCGGCUGUCCAUCGGUCCAUGACCAACGUCGAAAUGGGAGUCCCGCUGCCGCUUGGUGCCCGCCCAACGAGCCGUGAAGAAAUCGCCUUCACCUUCCCGUCGCAACCUGCCCCGGCCCGAACGGCCAGCAUCGCAUCCGGAGCCUUCCAGAUGAGCAAUCUCGAGGAGCCGCAGAACGCCAAGCUGCUACGGAAAAUCUGAGCCAGCUCCGACUUGCUGCUGGGGC